GUUGACGGCGUCGUGAGAGCAGACGACAACAAAAAAGCGCACGGUUGAGCUCGGGCGGCGCGAAGCUCGUGUUAUCGUGUUGGAAGACUGACUGAGGUGCUACAAUGCCUGUGGCCUCCACCAGGACAGAGCCUGUUCCCCAGGUGUUGGACGUGAUGAGUGACAGCACCACCAGCUCCACCACGGCCAAUGACCUGGAUCUCAUCUACCUCAAAGGCAUCAUGGAGAGCCCUCUGGAGCAAGAGGUGAGCCUGAAGGAUCUGCGUCUGUCGCCGGUGAGGGAGAACAACGUGGAGCUCGUGCAGGAGAUCCUCAAAGAUCUGGACCCCUUCACACACCAAUCUGACACUGCUGCGGAGCUUGCCAGCAUACUCACACAGCCUCAUUUCCAGUCUCUACUGGAGACUCAUGAUUCAGUGGCAUCCCAGACGUGUGACAGCCCACCCCCUAGCCCCUGCGAUUUAGUGGACCAUGAGCCCCAGGAAGGCCACACACACAACCAGCAGCCGCCACCUGAUGCAAUCCGCAUGGUGGGCAUACGGAAAGUGGCGGGGGAGCAUCUGGGGGUGACAUUCAAGGUGGAGGCUGGUGAGCUGGUGAUAGCCCGCAUCCUCCAUGGGGGUAUGAUAGACCAGCAAGGACUGCUGCAUGUUGGAGAUAUCAUUAAAGAGGUGAAUGGACGAGAGGUAGGCCAGGAUGCCAGGGUUCUCCAGGAGGAGCUUCAAGCAGCCAGCAGAAGUGUGGUGCUGAAGAUACUCCCCAGCUACCAUGAAGCCAUACCGCUAAGACAGGUGUUCUUUAAGUGUCACUAUGACUACGACCCAGCCAAUGACAACCUAAUUCCCUGUAAGGAGGCGGCCUUGAGGUUUGAGACGGGGGACAUCCUGCAGAUAGUCAACCAGGAUGAUGUCAACUGGUGGCAGGCCCGUCACGUGGAGGGUGGAAGCACAGGGCUGAUCCCCAGUCAGAUGCUGGAGGAGAAAAGGAAAGCAUUCGUCAAGAGAGAUGUUGAACUGGCACCAGCAGGGAAUCUUUGUACUGGUGUUGGAGGGAAGAAGAAGAAGAAGAUGAUGUAUGUGACCACCAAAAAUGCAGAGUUUGACAGACAUGAGAUAUUGUUAUACGAGGAGGUGGCCAAGGUCCCGCCAUUCAAGAGGAAAACUCUGAUUCUGAUUGGUGCCCAGGGUGUGGGCAGGCGGAGACUGAAGAACAAGCUGCUACUGAGCGAUCCACAGCUCUUUGGCACCACCAUUCCAUAUACGUCCAGAAAAGCCAAAAAGGUGGACGGGCAAAGUCGGAUGUACGCCUUCACCAGCCGCAGCAAGAUGGAGACCGAUAUCAAGAACGGGCGCUACCUUGAGCACGGAGAGUACGAUGGCAGCCUCUAUGGAAUCAAGAUCGACUCCAUACAUGAGGUGGUGGAGGCAGGACGCAUCUGCAUACUGGACGUCAACCCACAGUCCCUCAAAGUGCUGAGGACCUCAGAGUUCUUGCCCUAUGUGGUGUUCCUCCAGUCGCCAGACUUCGAGGUGCUCAAGGCGAUGAACCACUCCGCUGUGGAUGCAGGGGUGGUUGCUAAGACACUGACGGAUGAAGAACUGCAGAGGACAUGCAACGAGAGCGCUAAAAUCCAGGCUGCAUGUGGUCAUUACUUCGAUCUCAGCAUCAUCAACGACAACCUGGACGAGUCUUACCGCACGGUCAAAGCCGCCCUGGAAACGGUGUCCAAAAACCCCCAGUGGGUCCCCGUCACGUGGGUGUUCUAGAAAGGGGCUGUGGAGGACAGAGAAGGGGAGGAAUGUAAGGAACGAGAGAGAGAGAGAGCGAGAAAAAAACCGAGGCACCGAAAUAUACCAACUGGGUAAAUAAUGGAUGUUGUUAUUCAGAGUUUCAUACAUUUCCACAGAGAUUACAUCUGCCCUAAUCGGUAUUUUAGCACAGGGAAACAUGUUUACUACUUACGUAUCAAAGCUCUGCAGAAGAAAGCACAGACGUAUUUUUUUUGAAAGUUUGUAAAUGAAGACAUCCAUGGUUACACGGGAUUAUAUUUUCCAGGAAAGGAAGGAAGGACUAGUGAAAACAAGGGGUGGAACAGAUGAAGUCCUGAAUGUCAGAAAUUCCCAGAUUUUAUCUGGCCACAUCUGUGUGUGUGUGUGUGUGUGUGUGUGUGUGUGUGUGUGUGUGUGUGUGUGUGUGUGUGUGUGUGUGUGUGUGUGAGUGUGUGUGUGAGUGUAAAAUGCAUUUGUGCACGGAUGUCAGAGAAUUUGUAUGUUUUUAAAUGAUUUGUGCCAUUAAUGAUGAGCAUCAGCAGCUAGUCAUUGUUUACAUUUCAUGAGAGUGAACACUGCUGAUGGUCACACUUUAAACCUCGAUGAUCGCUUAGUGGACUAACCUUUUCAGUUGUAAGCAGAACUGGCUUCUUCAACGCUGAGGCAACAUACAGUAAAUCCAACACACGCUGCACUUCGGUUGCGUUACACUGAACAAAAAUUCAGUGUGAUCGGGUGCCAGCGAUGAUGUGCAACCCUCACAGAAGUUCCGUUCUCUGUCAGUGUUUUGAGCAUAGGUUUGUUUUUCUUUUUUUAAAUAUAGACUAGAUUACACAAUACGCACAAACACAAAUAUAGUUGGUGAAAAGACACAAAAGCUCUACAAUAUGCACGCAAAUAUGUUGAAUCCACUUGCCAUCCCGAUAGAAGAAUACAAUAAGACACAUCUCUAACCAGCUUGGGGGUCCAAGUUUUUUUUUUAUUGUACUCUCAUCCAAUCUAACAACCAAGCGAGUCUUCACAGUGAGCUUUACCUUUAUUGUCAGCUCUUACUGGACUGUCUCCGGGUCCAGAUUGCCUUACUUAAACAGAUUAUUAGCGAGCUAACCAGCCAGUUGACAAUUACCCUCUAGCUAGCUGGGUAUCGACAACUGACAAUUAUUGACAGGUCCAAUUUGUUUGGGCAUAGAUAAUAGCACUGAUCAGUACGUGUACGAACCAAUGUGCAACACUCGAUGAGUCAAUAGUUCCUCGUUGGAGCUCGCCACUGUUGUAACUAUUGUGAUUAUUAUUGACCUAACCUUAUGGUGAUUACAUAGGCCAUGGUUUUGAACUGACAUCAGUGAAGGUGUCUGAAGCAGCACCAUGCUGAGCCAAAGUCAUUCAGGGUCUGUGCCGGGCAAUGAUUCAAAAUCAAACAAACAAAAGGAAAAAAUGUUAAUAGUCUGAACAAAACUAUUUAAAUCAGCUAAAUGAUUCAUAAUUUCCCCAUAGCUGAUUCGGUUACUGCUAACGCGACUCAUUAGGCCCGCAUUUGCCAACCCAAGCGUCAGGACUCCUACGACGGGAUAGGAAAGCAGAGAACUCAUAUUUAUACUUCAGCGAAAUGUUGUUACAUGUAAAUCCCCUAGCCAUUGCCUCUUCCCUGUGACGUCCUUCUGGAAGGACAAGUGUGCAGGGUUUAGGGGAUAUAUUGGCAGAAAUGUUAUCUUAUAUUGACAAUGAUGUUUUCAUUGGUAUAGUCGCCUGGAAAUGAAGGAAUCACUGUAUAUCUGUCACCUUAGAAUGAGCCCAUUCGACAUAGGGAACAGAUGUUCAUGGAUGGAGCCCAGCAUGUUGCUCCGCCACGUUUCCACAGAACCCAAACAAACACUGGCUCUAGAACGGCCUUUUUUGGGUUUUUUUACAUUACCUGAAGGCCACCGUAGUUUCUUGUCCCUGCUUGGAAGGGACGGGCAGUACGAGGGGUAUUCAGUUGGCUGCACUCUGCAACCCUCACCACUAGAUGCCACUAAAUGCCCCACGCUGAACCUUUAACCGUACUGCUUCGGCACGGAGAGUACCUUGUUUUAAAGGGUACUUCACAAACGUAACUUGGUUUACACACUGAAGUAAAUGAAGCGAAUACGUCUCAAAUUGCGUGAACACAGUGUCCUGUUGGCGACUGAACUGAGCUAAUGGGGUUGUGAACUGACUGUUAGCAUGCUGAUUAGCAGCAGAGGUAGAAAAUAAGAUAGAUAUUUUUUUAGACUUAAACUUUCUUUAUUGUCAUUUCAAUAUGCACCUUGCAGUGCAAAUCAGAACGAAAUUUCGUUGUAGUUGGCUCAUCAUAGUGCAGGAUAAAAACAGCAGGACUGACUGGGUUAAUAGCCAUUAAAUUCCCGGUGCUAUCACGAGCCAUUGCAGCUGCAGCCGAGCAGGGCGCCGCCAGAAAUAUUUCACUAAAAUAUGCUGAUAAGUUUUGCUGUGCUACUUUCUGGUAUGACCAGGCACCUACACCUGGCCUCUCACCAACCAGAUAUUGGUUUAUAUUAGUAUUUGUAUCUGUCGCUCGUCGCGAAGCUAUUAAACAACAAUAUGUGGAAAAACAAAACUACCUGUUAUGUGCAAAAUAGUUCAUACUGAUGUCACGUAGCAGCCUGGAUGCUAAGAAUGGUUUACACAAAAUCUCAGGACCCCCAGUAUGGUUUAGAGUGAAACCAGUACGUAGUUUGAACCCGCAAAUAUAUAAACAAAACACACAUAUACGCACAAUGAAAACACUGUACAGAAGCAUGAUUUUAUUACAACAAUGAAUGGGUAACUCGGAUCAACACAGUAUCAUUUCUAAUUUGCACUUAUUUAUUUUCUAGUAUCAUUUAAGUUAGAGCAUCUUUGUUGUAUGUAUUCACUCAGUUGUACACAGUUUGUAGAUAGCAUCUAGAUACACAAUGAUAUGAUAGAUGCUGAUAUAGUAGGUAUGAUAUUCUUGCCUUGUAUUUGUCGUUAUGUGUCACUCUUGUGAUGACUUUCGGAAUGUCAGUAAAGACAUGUAUGCAGCGGCCUUGGUGUGAACAGCACAACUGAAAACUUCAUGCAAAUUUGUGUCGACAUUUCCGCUUUGUGCCCUCAGGCCUCCGUACAUGUAACACUGUCUCUUGUGCCAAACACAAAAAGGCCAUUGUUGCAGCUCGUUUGUACUAAGACAUUUUAUCAUGGCAGCUACUGAAGACUUUUUAUGUCUCAUCAUAAAUGAAAGAACAACAACGACGUCUUUAUCAAACAGAAGUACUGGCAUAACUGACACCCAGACCAGUUAUGUUGGUGACUUUGGCAGAUUUUUGUCUGGCAGCUAUAUUAGUAUCUCUGGAGUGUUCCAUUGUUUGACAUUUGAUUCUCUCUCAAGCCCAUCCCAAAAACUCACUGUGUCCUUUUUCUAUGAAGUCUCAUGAAUGCAAUAAAACCAUUUGGUCUCCGUA